CCUCAGGGCCACCAGUAGGGACCGCGAGCGCGCGGAUCACGCUCGAGCGACGUUAGCAGCUCGCGGAGGCUGAAAAGAUGAGCCGGCUGGACUCGCGGAGCAGCUUCGGUAAGCGCAGGCGGCAUGACCCCGGUACGGAGCAGGUGUGUAUGGUGGACUGUGGUCCUCUGUGUCUCUGCCGGACCGAACCGUGUGUGUGCCGUUCAGCACGAGGCAGAGACGGGCCGGUAGAGGGAAAGGAGAAUGGAGGACCUCAUGAGACAUGGGCCUCCAAGAAACAUGCCUUUGAUAAUCUGGCCUAUGAGCCGGGCAGCCCCAGUGAACUCAGCCCAAAUUUGGGUCACCUUUCUCGGUUAACUCUCCUACUCAGUGGCCCUUCAUCCCCAGAAAGUGCUCAGGCCCUCCACACAUGGCUUUCCGCUCUCAGCGGUGUGGUGGCUGUAUCUGUUCCUCAGUCUGGUGGUAAAGCUUGGGUAGACUACCACCCAUCCACAGUUACAGCCCGAGAGAUCCUACAGGAGAUCCAGGGAAUGGGGUAUGGGGUCAGUGAAGUAACCAAUGCUUUGUCCCAACCUGGACCGCCAAGGUUGGAGGAAAGCUUGGUGAGGAUCAGGGUGGAAGGCAUGACCUGCCACUCAUGUGUACGCUCCAUUGAGGGGCGCAUUGGAGCUCUGAAAGGGGUUCUGGGUGUCCAAGUGUCCUUAACUGAUAGAGAAGCUGUUAUUUGGUUUAACCCCUUGGACGUGAAGCCUGAGGAGCUGAGGGAAUGCAUUGAAGACAUGGGCUUUGAGGCCUUUCUAAAAGAUCCAAUCCUACCACAGCCAUCUCCGGCUCUCCCAACUGAAGGGCUAGAGGUGAGGUUAGGUGUGGAAGGGAUGCGCUGUGGGUCAUGCGUGAAGAACAUUACAGAGAGCUUGUCCGGAAUGCUGGGUGUCCAGGCAGUGCUUUUGUCAUUGGAAGGCAAAACCAUGGGUUUGAAAUAUGAUCCAUCUCUAGUAACCUUGGACACAAUUAAAGGGGUGUUGGAGGGACUGCCUCCUGGGAAUUUUAGGGUAACCCUUCCAGGUCAGAGUCCACAAUUAUCUUUCCAUGAGCCAAAGACUAACGACUCAGUACGCUCUCAGAAAUCCUUACCUCAUUCCAUGGACGACAUUCCACUCCAGAAAGUAACAGUUGGAAUAAAAGGAAUGACUUGCAACUCUUGUGUGCAGUCAAUUGAAGGACUGAUAUCGCAGAAGGAUGGUGUGCAUUCCAUCACAGUUUAUCUAAAGGAAGAGAAGGGAAUUAUUACAUUUGACCCCAAUCUGACCCGUCCAGCAGAGCUCAGGGAUGCCAUUGAGGACAUGGGCUUUGAAGCUUACCUGGAACAAGAUUCUGGCCAAAACAGCCACAUCAGGGGUCAGGGGUCAAAGAGAAGCAUGUCCUCUAACCCCAAGAACCCGACCCCCCCAGCAGUCAGACCCCAAACCUCCAAAUCUCAGGCAGCUUCAUUGAAUUCAGCAAAAACAGGAGUUCCUGAAGAGGAGAAGACCAGGAAGUGCUUUGUCCGUGUAACAGGGAUGACCUGCGCUUCAUGUGUGGCCAAUAUUGAGAGAAACCUGCUCAAACAUAAAGGGAUUAAAUCUGUUCUGGUAGCUCUUAUGGCGGGUAAAGCAGAGAUAAAGUACGACCCAGAAGAUGUGGAUCCAGCUCAGAUCGUCAAGCUCAUCUCCGGCCUGGGCUUUGGAGCAUCGCUAAUGGAGGAGGGUGCUGUUAGUGAUGGUGUUCUGGACCUUUCCGUGACGGGUAUGACGUGUGCUUCUUGCGUCCAUAACAUCGAGACCAAACUCCUUAGAACAAAGGGCAUUCUAGAGGCCACUGUCGCCUUGGCAACCAGCAAGGCUCACGUGAAGUUCGACCCAGAUUUGGUUGGAGCCCGUGACAUCAUCAGAAUUGUUGAGGGUCUGGGCUUCGGGGUGUCAUUAAUAAAGAACGAUGGCUUAAGAAAAAAUGAAGGCUUGGAUCACCAGGAGGAGAUACGGCAGUGGAAGCACUCAUUCCUCUUCAGUCUGGUGUUCGGUAUCCCAGUGAUGGGGCUGAUGAUCUAUAUGAUGGUGAUGGACAGCCAGCACUCAGAACAUGGAGGCUCCAUGCCAGAGGAGCAGAACGUCCUGCCUGGACUUUCCAUCCUCAACCUGGCCUUCUUCCUACUCUGCACACCUGUUCAGAUCUUUGGAGGUCGAUACUUCUACAUCCAGGCCUACCGUUCUCUGAGGCACGGGGUGGCUAACAUGGACGUGCUCAUCGUCCUGGCCACCACCAUCUCGUAUGUGUACUCGUGCAUUGUGCUGUUGGUAGCCAUGAGCGAGGGGGCCAAGCAAAGUCCAGUCACGUUUUUUGAUACACCUCCUAUGCUGUUUGUGUUCAUUGCCCUUGGACGGUGGCUGGAACACAUUGCCAAGGAUAAGACGUCAGAGGCGUUGGCCAAGCUCAUGUCCCUCCAGGCCACAGAUGCCACUAUAGUGACACUAGGCCAUGACAACUCCAUCAUCAGCGAGGAGCAGGUCUCUGUGGAGCUGGUGCAGAGGGGAGAUGUGGUGAAGGUUGUACCUGGAGGAAAGUUUCCUGUCGAUGGUAAAGUGAUUGAGGGAAGCUCCAUGGCUGAUGAAUCUCUUAUCACAGGAGAGCCGAUGCCGGUGCGGAAGAAGCCAGGCAGCUGUGUGAUCGCUGGCUCUAUUAAUGCUCAUGGAGCGCUGUUGGUGGAAGCCACACACGUAGGAGCAGAUACAACACUCUGCCAGAUAGUUCGACUGGUGGAGGAGGCACAGACAUCAAAGGCGCCCAUCCAGCAAUUAGCAGACAAACUGAGUGGCUACUUUGUCCCUUUUAUUGUCAUCGUCUCCGUAGUAACACUGGCUGUGUGGCUCGUUAUUGGGUUCUUGGACUUCGACAUCGUGGCAAAGUAUUUUCCUGGCUACGAUAAGAACAUUCCACGGACAGACGUCAUUGUGCGUUUCGCGUUCCAGGCAUCCAUCACAGUGUUGUCCAUUGCCUGUCCCUGCUCUUUGGGCCUGGCUACCCCAACGGCAGUGAUGGUGGGCACCGGGGUGGGGGCCCAGAAUGGCAUCCUUAUAAAAGGCGGAGAGCCGCUGGAGAUGGCUCACAAGAUCCGAGCUGUCAUGUUUGAUAAAACGGGCACCAUCACUAACGGGGUGCCGAGGGUGACACGGGUGCUGGUGCUGUGGGAUCGAGCACGGCUGCCCCUCCGGAAGGUUCUGGCUGUGGUGGGCACAGCAGAGGCCAGCAGUGAGCACCCGCUGGGCAUGGCAGUUGCUAAACACUGCAAAGAGGAGCUGGACACAGAGGCGCUGGGCUACUGCCAUGACUUCCAGGCAGUGCCGGGCUGUGGAAUCAGCUGCAAAGUUUCAAAUAUUGAGGAGCUCCUGCAGAACAGCCUAGAGACAGAGAGCACACACACGUUGCCCACCCAGCUCACACUCCAAGGAGCCACAACAGACGAGAGCUGUUUGGUCACAGACUCCGAACCUGGCCCUGGUCCCACUACAUAUUCUGUUCUGAUUGGGAACAGGCAGUGGAUGCAGAGGAACAGUGUACAGGUCACUCCUGAUGUGGAUGAAGCCAUGAGCAGCCACGAGACUAAAGGCCAGACUGCCAUUCUGGUGGCCAUUGAUGGUGUGUUGUGUGCUAUGUUGGCUAUAGCAGACACGGUGAAAGAGGAGUCGGCUCUGGCAGUGCACACUCUGAGCAGGAUGGGCAUUGAUGUUCUCAUGAUCACUGGAGACAACAGACGCACCGCUAAAGCCAUUGCUACACAGGUUGGAAUCAGGAAGGUGUUUGCUGAAGUCUUGCCCUCUCACAAGGUGGCGAAGGUGCAGGAGCUGCAGGAGAAGGGCUUGAAGGUGGCCAUGGUGGGUGAUGGGGUCAACGACUCACCUGCUCUCGCCCGCGCUGACCUGGGCAUUGCCAUCGGCACGGGUACUGAUGUGGCCAUUGAGGCGGCUGACGUAGUCCUUAUACGGAAUGAUUUGCUGGAUGUGGUGGCCAGUAUUGAGCUGUCCAAGAAGACCGUUCAGAGAAUACGAAUCAACUUCGUGUUUGCUCUCAUUUACAACCUGCUGGGCAUUCCGAUUGCAGCAGGGGUGUUUAUGCCUGCUGGUUUGGUGCUCCAGCCCUGGAUGGGUUCAGCUGCGAUGGCUGCCUCCUCUGUCUCUGUGCUGGUUUCCUCUCUGCUGCUGCGUCUCUAUAAGAAGACGACAGUGGAGCAGUAUGAAUCACGGGCUCAUGGCCGGAUGAGCAGUUUGAGUUCGUCUCAGGUCAGCACCCACGUGGGGCUGGAGGAAAGGCGCUGCAGCCCGCGUGCUCUCCAGCGCGGCCGGUCCAGACACAGCCAGUCCAGCCACAGCUCUGGAAUGCCCUCCCAGCCUCCCACACUCUCUGGCCGCUCCGGGACACAGCCGUACGCGCACCUGGACCGCCACUCACAACUGGAGCACGACCAGAAUGGACAACAGCUCAUAGUGUAGAGACCAGGACCAGCGCUCAUACAAGCCUCUUUUCCCAUGUAACAUCAAACAGCAUAGAGAGUGACGGUUCCGGUAGCAUUUCUACCUGGACACGGUUUGACACAUUUACAGACCCUGCUGACUGCUGAAGGAGCAGGAUGGAUUAAAGGAGUACUCCAGGUUUUUUCAGCCUCAUCUCUAUCUGCUGCAUCUGAUUCCAUUUGAUUACCACAAACGAGAAUUUAGACGUGUUCACCUGAACAGAAAAGCCAUUGACUUGAAACACGCAUAUAGUGGAAGCCAGUGGGCAGGUGCUUUUAGUUUACACGUGGUUUUAGUCAACGAGUUUUCUGUUUACACUGGAGUAUUCCUUUAAUGACCUAGCUGUUCACUGAAGUUAUGUUCGUAACAGCCUAUCCUAAUGUGGCAUGGUUGAUUUUAUGACUUUUGCACACAAAAAAA